AUGCCCGAUAACAUGGUAAUCAGUCAGUUGAUGAUAUUAAUCUACAAAUAUGUAAUAGUCUUUCCUAAUUACUUUGAAUUGUUAGAACAGCAAGUGGAUAAAAAUGGUAAUAUAGAAGAAUAUGAGAAAAAAUAUCGUUUGAGAAACAGACGUAAAACGGCGUUUAUGAUGGUUUUAAGCGCUCUCGCCCUGUUAUUGGCAUUUACUGGAGGCUUUGUUAUUGGUUGGUUUUCAAGUGAUAAAGGCUUUGACCAAAGUAAUCAAGGCAAUAAUAAUAGUAAUAACAAUAGUAGUAAUCAAUUCACAGCAUCUCCUCCACGCUCUACGAUACCUGUUAAUAGUGGUCCACCUUCCAUAGAUGCUUCAAUUUGCAGCGCUAAAAGGAAACCUUUGAUUGUGGUUUCCGUUGAUGGAUUUCGCUGGGAUUAUUUUAAACGAGGACUUUCUCCCAUGCUGACGCAGUUUGCCAGCCGAGGUGUCCGAGCGGAAUAUAUGCAGUCCUGCUUUCCAACUAAAACAUUCCCAAAUCAUUAUACUAUUGUUACAGGCCUCUAUCCUGCACAUCAUGGCAUCGUUGCUAAUACAUUUUACGAUCCGGAACUAGGCGAAACAUUUUAUAUCGGUAGUAGAAAUAACAAUCAAUCCAAAUGGUGGGGAGGUGAACCAAUUUGGGUAACGGCUAAAAAGAAUAAUCUAAAAUCAGCCAGUUUUUAUUGGGCAGGUUCAGAAGCGAAAAUCCAAGGUUAUCGACCAGAUUACUGGUUUCCCUAUGACAGGAGCGUUUCUUUUAUAGAUCGUGUAAAUCAGUUAUUUAAAUGGCUCGAAAUGCCAGCAGAUCGAAGGCCUAUGAUCAUUACCAUGUACUUUGACCAGCCAGAUCGUGUAGGGCAUCUUUAUGGUCCAGAUUCUAAUCAGGUUGAUUAUGAAAUUAAAAGAGUAGAUGAUAUUCUUGGAGCUAUAUUUUCAGGAUUAAAGGAAAGAGGAUUAGAGGAUUGCGUCAAUAUUAUCGUGACAUCAGAUCAUGGAAUGAGAAAAACAUGCUGCAAAAGGGUGGUCUAUCUCGACCAAUUAAUCGACAUCGGUCAUUAUAACAUUAUUAAUCGUGGACCAUUUGGUGGUAUUCGAAUUCAUGGAGGAAACGCUACGGAGCUUGUACAGAAAUUAAAAUGCAAAUUCAAACAUUGGAGCGUAUAUAAGAAAGAAGAAUUACCCUAUCGACUUCAUUAUUGUAACAACAGCCGUAUUCCAGAUGUAAUUAUUAUGCCAAAUGAAAACUGGCUGGUAGGGUCAACAUAUAACCCAGCAGAUACAUCCUGCAAUGGCGCUAAUCAUGGCUGGGACAAUUUAGACCCUGAUAUGAGAACUAUCUUUUUCGCUGCUGGCCCUGGAUUUAAAAAAUCACUCACAAUUAAACCGUUUAAAAACAUUGAACUAUACAAUAUCAUGGCAGCUCUCUUAUCGAUUAAACCAGCUAAAAAUGAUGGCACUAUAGGAAGACUGAAUUUCAUUUUGCAAAAUUCUACGGCUGCAGCUACCCAGAUUGCUGGUCAGUUGGGGUCAGUCUGUCGAGUACCACAAGAUCAUAACGUUUAUAUCGAUAGAGAAAAUUGUUCUGAUUGUGUUUGUCCAGAUUGUAAGAAAGAGUCUGAGAAUCGCAACUUUCCGUGGGGAAUACCCAGAUAUCGAGCAUCAUUGGAUACUUGUACUCUAUACCAGAAUCAUUAUAUAACUGGAUACAGCAAUACCUUUCAUGUACCGUUAUUUGUUGGCUAUCAUUUAACUGAUACAGAAUCAUUAAGGCCACUAUCAAGAAUAGACUGUUUUCGACGUGAUAGUAGGCUAAAUGUUGCUGCCCAAACAUCUAAUUGUUCUAAUUACUAUCGAUCUGGUUAUAAUCGUGGGCAUUUAGCACCUAAUGGUGAUAUGAGUUUUGAUUUAGAAGCGCAAGCGAAUACGUUUAUUCUAUCCAAUAUUGCUCCACAAGUCUACGCCUUUAAUGCAGGACCUUGGCUUGAUUUGGAAAAAUUAACUCGCGAUUGGGCUCGGCUAUUUGGAAGUAUUUAUGUCAUUUCAGGCUCAAUUGUCAAAGCUGACUGGAAAACUGUCGUGGGUAAUCCAUCGUAUUGGCUUAAAGGAGAUAUUGGCUCCGUGGUCAUUCCAACCCAUUUUUAUAAAAUUUUAGCUAAAUGUCAAGAUUCUGAUCAAUUACUUUGCGACUCUUCAGUUAUGACUGCUAAGCCUUGCAAGGGAAAAAUUGAUGUUAUAGCAUUUAUUUUACCACAUAUUAAAUCAUUUGCUCCUCAAUGCCAGACCUAUAAUUCCUACUUAUUUAGCCAUGUGGCUAGCGUUCGCGAUAUUGAAGAAUUGACUGGAAUUAAUUUCUUCCCUAACAUGGCGCCUGAUCUACAAGACAGGAUAGAAAGUGAAGCUGCAACAGAAAUGUGGACAACAUUUUAG